AUGGCGCAAACCCUUGUAGAGUCCAAGGCAGUCUUCCUGGAGCGAGCCAAACGUGUGGGCCUCCCUCAGGAAGCAGUGGAUCGCCUUGUUGCACAGACCAUCGACACGAUGGCGAAGCUGGCGUUCGCCCCUUGCCAGCCCGGCGAGACGCCGACCGAGGAGUCGUUGUCGGCCCUCAUCAAGGUGGGAGGUGCAGCCCCGCCGUUGGGAUCCAUCGCAGCGGUUCGACACCUGGUGUUCGAAGCACAGACCCUCUUGGUCAGCCAGACCAAGGCACUCGUUGAGAACAAGGAGAACGAGGUCAAGGAGUUAGCCCCCGCGGAGCGCCGCGAGCGCAUCCGAGCACAGGCCAACAAACUUAGAGGCAUCACCAUGUCUGGCCAGACUGAGUGCAGCUACGCCUCGUAUGACCUCUGCAUGAAGCUCCUUACUGAUAACUGCAUCAGCUACCUUUCCCCGGCCAAGUUCAUCACUCGUGAAGCUGAGCUGCGUUCCGAGAAACCACGGAAAGAGUUGGAUGUGCAGGCUUCAACACUGGUCGUGAGAGAUCGUGACCCCGAUCAGUCAUGCGAUACUUCCACUGCACUGAGCCUUCACCAUGCCAUGCACCGCCGAAGCCUUGCUCUUGACUUGAUCGGUGUGACUGAUUACUUUAGGAUUCAGGGCUUCGUGGAUUUCCUCUUGGGCCACCUUCAUCAGGAGCCCAUUGCUGGCAGCCGUGCCACUUCUGUGCAACAAAUUCUGCAUGCGGACCGUGCUGCCUGGAUGCGCCUGGCAGAGCUUACCCCCGACGGGAUUCGUCGAGAUGCAUCCGGGGCUUUGCCUCUUGACAGCUUGUGGGCCCGCUUGCAGACUGACCCGAAGGUGAUUUUUCAUCUCCUCCCGCGAGAAGGUGGUGCCCUCAAGCGGGAGAGCACCGAGCUCAAACCUGAGCCCACAGACACCCCGACCAAGAAGCAGCGCAAAGGUACCGGCAAGGGAAAAACCAAGACAUUGCGCGAGCCUAGCAAUCUUCCAGAAGAACUCAAGGGCCUUUCGUCUUGGACUAAGACCGGAAAGCGCCGCUGCUGGGGAUUCAAUAUGGCUAGUGGGUGUCCUAAUGCCAAGGCUGCGAGCCCUGUGGAGGGGCCGCUACUUGAUGCCGGGCACUCUCUUUGCGGUGCUGAUGCUUUCAGGAUUGAUUCCCUCUUCUGCAUUGAAAUUUUCUCAGGCUCAGGCAGGCUUACUGCCGAACUUCGACGUGCAGGGUUCCGAGAUAGCAUCGGAAUCGACCAUGUUGCCCCAAAGCAAAUGAUUUCUCCCGUCCUUAAGCUGGACCUCCUUGAUCCCGAACAUGUAAAGAUGGUUCUUGAUCUGAUCGAUUCUCCCUUUUGCCUUUAUGUGCACAUCGCUCCCCCUUGUGGAACAGCGAGUCGUGCUCGUGAAAUUUUUCGUCGCGGUGAAAACCUACCCGCUCCCGCGAGAAGUGAUGCCCACCCGGAUGGGCUACCAGACCUCACUGGCGAGCUCCGCAUUCGCGUUGCUAAGGCCAACGACCUUUAUGCCGUCACUGGCAAGAUCUUUGCACACUGCAUCCGUUCUGGGAAGCUCGUCUCUUGCGAGAAUCCAGGCCGCUCUUACUUCUGGCAAACGACCAUGUGGCUCACUGCCGUUGCCGACCUGCAGUUUGAGGAAACCCUUUUUCAUAACUGCCAACACGGCGGUGAGCGUGCCAAGCUCACCCGCCUAGCCCAUAAUGUCCCUUUGCUACACGAGCUAUCCCUUCUCUGCCCGGGGGAAUCAACAUCUCAUCGCCACCUGCCCUGGUCGCGAUCCUCAGGUGCCUUCGACACAGCCGCCGACAAGGUCUACCCUCGUGUGCUCUGCCAACGUUUGGCCGACAUCAUUGUCCGUGCUGCCGCCGAACGUGGCCACCCUGCACCCGCUUCAUACCUUGCGCCUGGUGCUGCCCUUCCCCUGCGUGAGUCUCAGGUUGCAGCUGGUGUGCAACCUCGCAGCAAGCGCGUGCCACCCCUUGUGCCCGAGUUUCGGCAGAUUGUGGUUCUUCUUAGUCCUGAACCCCUCUUUCCCGGCGUGCGUAAGUUGGAAGCCGAUACCCCCCUUCCACCUUGUGUCUCAUGCUCGCCCUCACUGCCGACGCUUCCCGCGGGCACUCGGAUCCUGCGCCAGAGUGUCAUUGGGGUUGUGCCAGCUGGAGCGCAGGAAUCGUGCUCAAGUAACUCAGCCGCCUCAUCCACACCUGUGUCGCAUCCCACAGUUGCCCCUAAUGCCGAGGCGGAGGAUGAUGGAAACUCAGCCAUCAUGGAGGACGACCAGAUGGACCCCGAAGCUUUCUCGCAUUAUGCUCUCCACUUGGGAGCGUCAGCCAGCAACGAAGCAUGGCGCGACUGCAUUUGCCACUUGUGUGAGCUACUUGUCUCGGAUACCCCGUCUAGGGGCGGACGAGGCACUGAUGAAUUCUCCUGGUCAUGUGGUGCCUUCUUUCAUGCAAACAAGGUGGGCCUGCGUUCCAACACCUCAUCGCACCCCAGUGUGAGCAAACUCUUGUGCGAGUAUGUGCGCCGGGUUGCCCCGGGCCAUCCUUUCACUUCCCUGAUGCUGGGCAAGAACCUCGCAGGCAAGGUGCAUACCGAUAGAAACAACGAGCCAGGACUACCGAAUGCGGUCUUGAAGAUUUCCUCCUUCGAGCAAGGGGGAGUGUGGAUCGAAUCACCUAGUGGCUCCGUCGCUUGUCCUGAUCCUGGCCACCCCGAGCUUUUGGGAAAUGUUCUUGACUUCGAGGGCCGACGAAUAAUCUUUGAUCCGAGUGGUAGGCACUGUCAAGCUCCAUGGUGUGGGGGACCCAGGAUCACGCUUGUUGCCUAUGCGAUACGCGAUCACCACAAACUUCUUGACGAUCAGAAGAGAAAGCUUGAAGACCUUGGUUUCGGCCUCCCUGGAAGCUCCCCAGAGUGCUGCCCAACAGCCGGUCCCGAGGCAGCCACCCGUAAGUCUGGUUUAGGCCCCAGCUCCUUGACUAAGCCACCACCUGGGAUCCCGUCCUGCAGCAAGCCAGAAGGUGGCCGUAUGCACAAGGUGGCCGUAGGCAUCCCUUGGAAACCUCAGGAGUUCAUUGAGCAAGCACUGAAAGCUGGGCACCCCCGUCACCUCUUGGACGGUGUGCCAUCACAUUCCAAGGCGGCCAUCGACCGUCUUGCUGACAUGUCGCUUCAUGAGAUAGGAGCCCAACGCACCGAGAGGCUCCGGCAUUGGAUCAGCAAGGCCCGUGAGCUGGAGGCCGAGGAAGAGGAGUUGCGUGACUCAAUGCCGCAACAUUGCAAACGUGUCCUGGGGCGGAAGCGGCUGGUCCUUUUUAGGACCAUGCUCGAGGAGUGUGGCCACGAGGACCUAGAGAUAGCGAAUGACAUCGCCAAGGGUUUUGACCUCAGUGGUGCGAUCCCGAGGAAUCCUGCAUAUCGCCCCAAGCUGUCACCUGCUUCCUUAUCCGUAUCUGAUCUCCGGAGCUCUGCGGCUGUGAUGAGGGAAGCAACUCUUCUCGCCACCAAAAGUUCCGGGGACCCCGAACUUGAUGAGGCCCUCAUGGCGGCCACUGACAAGGAGGUCGCCAAGGGGUGGUUACGAGGACCCAUCGAUCCUGCUUCGCUAGGUCCUAAUGCUGUCCUCUCGCGCCGCUUCGGCGUUUGGCAGGGCGGCAAGUGUAGGCCUAUAGAUGACUUCAAGGCCUCUGGGGUUAACUCAACGACUUCAGCCGAAGACUCGGUGACUGUGCACACGGCGGAUGCAAUCGCCGCUUCCAUUGCCUACCGUCUCAAGCGCGACCCAAAGUGCCGACGGCACGGCGGGCUCGAGAUGAAAUCUUAUGACUUACACAAGGCGUAUAAGAAUCUUCCUUUGAGCACUUCGGCGGUGGAGGAAGCUUAUCUCUCGGUGUACAACCCCCGGUCGGGGAAAGCGGAGAUCUACGAGCAGUGCGUGUUGCCCUUCGGCGCUCGUGCGUCGGUCCACUCGUUCUGCAGAACUUCACUUGGCAUCUGGACGAUUGGGGCGAUUCAGCUGGCUUUGAUGUGGUCAGUGUAUUACGACGACUUUGUCGGCAACGAAGUCCCGCCACUUACACGGCUCUUCGACCUUUGUGCUGAAUCGCUCUUUCAGAUCCUUGGCUGGGACACGUCUCCAGACAAGCCUACCAUCUUCGGAGGCGUGGCAAAAGUCUUAGGCCUGGAGUUUGACUUGCGCGAAUCCUACCUCGGCAACUUCUACAUGAGGAAUACUACGACUCGACGCGAUGAGCUGAGAGAAAGUCUUUCUUCUAUCAUCGAAAAAGGAGUGCUGGCUAGGAAAGACUGCGAGAGGCUGAGGGGCCGCCUGCAGUUUGCCGCCAACCAGAUCGCGGGAAAGAAAGCUGGCAUCGCAUUCAAGACCCUGUCCAAACAUCUUGCAGAGCGAAGCCCCAACAUCGGAGACAACUUGAGGGCUGCACUUCUGUUCCUGAGGGACAGUUUUCUUGAAGGGCCCCCGAGGGCUCUGAGUGCCAACGUCUUGCAUCUUUGGCAUGUGUAUGUGGAUGCUUCUUGCGACAACGAUCGCAUCGGUCUCGGUGGAGUUCUCAUAUCGGACAAUGGGACGAAAGUUGGACACUUCAGCGAGUGGGCUUCUUCUGAGCUGCGACAUCUUGUUGGUCCCGAGAGCAAGAACCCAAUCUUCGAAUGCGAAUGUUUGGCCGUACUUAUGUGCAUACACGUUUGGAGAGGACUCCUUAAAGGAUGCAACCUCGUCGUCUUCUCGGACAAUGAAGGCACUCGUGCCUGCAUGAUCAAAGGGGCAUCCGACAACUCUGUCGGGAUGCACAUUGUGGAUGCCACCCACGAUGCCAUCGAUGCAGUGUGCUGCAUACCAUGGUUCGAAAGAGUCAAUACCGCGUCUAACAUCGCAGAUGACCCUUCUCGUGGAAUUUCAGAUGAAAGCCUUGGUCGGCGAUUCGAAGUGGAUGCGCUGAGCAUCGCAAAGUCUGCGUUGGUUCCGUGGGGAUGA